UUCAAGCUGAGCCCAACGCAGAGACCAGCACUAUUUGAGCCCAACGCAGAGACCAGCACUAUUUGAACCCAACGCAGAGGGCAGCCAGUCACGCUUGUUCCGCUCUAGUCAUUCCUUGAGCCCUGAGGGCAGAGGGCGAACGUCUUCAAAGAAUUCCCUCGAGCCUUGAGCCUCGAGCCUCGAGCAUUGAGCAUUGAGUACCAUUCAAUCGCGCCUCACCUCGUCUCGCUGCUGUCAAAGCGUCACUGUAACUCCCCAUUUCCAUCAUUAAUCUCCACCGUCAAAUACGAUUCCAACAGACCUCACUAUGGGCUGCUUCGGUUUCAGCUCUCGUGACGUCCUCUCCGGAACGCCCUGAUUCGCCCCCACCCUCCCAGCCUUCCCGCAUCAGCAAAUCGACGCCCGGCGCUGCAUCCACAUGCAAAUCCCCGGUGGCUCGAAAGCAGCGCGGAAGCUUCCUCUCUCGCUCCGAGUCUGCGCCCCUGUCCAAGCUGCGCGCGCGCAGCCUCUCUGCGGCGAACAGCCCACGCUCCGCGCCAUCCACUCCGCCAGCGCACCCGCCCAAGGACAGCGCCGCGUCUGGCGCCGCUUUUGGCGGGAAGCCGCAGCUGCUGCCGAGCCCUAAGGGGAUUCCUCCCAGCGGCGCCGCGGCCGCUGCUGCCGUUGCUACGUCUACUAGCAGCUCUAACGCGUCGCAGAGCCCUCGCAGCCGGAAAAAGGCGUCGGCGGCGGCAUCCCGGCGACAGUCGAGCUGGCUCCGCCCUGCCACGUCAGGGGGGUCGAGUUCCACGUGCAGCCCUGCCAGCUCAUCCAGCAUCACGUCUUCGCCGUCGAUUUCGGCUGAGAUCAACGGAGGAGCGGCAGAGACGGCGGGCCGUCAGAUCGUGAAAAGUAACAGCGCUGCUGCAGCCGAAGCGAUCCGUAAAGUCAUACCCGUUACAGGUGAUGCCGCUGUCAGCCCUGACAAUCAGCUGGAAAAAUCCAAGUCGUUACCAGAACUGGCGAAUUCGCCAAUCAUGUCAGGCAUUCACCAACGCGCCGGCGUCUUGAUGCCCAUCUGCGAACCCUCGAGCGAAUUUUCGCCACGCUCCAAUUCGCAUCGCGAGUUUUUAUCAACGCCAUGCGAGUUUCGCGAGCCCUUACCUGGUUACCAGGCCACAGACGACGGCCUGCCUGGGCGGACAAUGGCAGGCCCAAUCCCCUUCACAUAUGCGCAGGUGGAAGAAUUGACGAACAAUUUCGCUAUCGAGGGAUUUCUUGGCGAGGGCGGGUUCGGGUCUGUUUUCAAGGGCUACCUCCCCACACGCAGCGGGCGGAAAAUUCCAGUGGCCGUGAAAGUGCUCGACACGUGCGGGCACCAGGGGGAGAGGGAAUGGCUGACUGAGGUUAGCUUCCUCGGACUCCUGGAACACCCGAAUCUCGUCCAUCUGGUUGGGUACUGCGCCGAGGCAGAUCAACGGCUGUUAGUGUACGAGUUCCUUCCCCGCGGCUCCCUCGAGUUUCUGCUUUUCGGGGAGGAGGCGGAGGCCGAUCCGCUGACGUGGCAUCAGCGGCUGAAGAUCGCGUAUGGCGCGGCCAAGGGGUUGGCGUAUCUGCACGAGGAAGCGGAGCAUCAGGUGAUAUAUCGCGACUUCAAGACGUCGAAUAUUCUACUAACGAACGAGCUCGAUGUGAAGUUAUCGGAUUUCGGAAUGGCGAGAGAAGGGCCCGAUGGGGAGAAGACACACGUCUCCACGCGCGUGGUGGGGACCGUAGGGUACGCGGCGCCCGAGUACGUGCUAACGGGGCACCUUACAACGAAGAGCGACGUGUACGGCUUCGGCGUCGUGCUGCUGGAGCUGAUGACUGGGAGGCUGGCGCUGGAUAAAGACAGACCGCGCGAGGAGCAGAGUCUGGUCGAAUGGGCAUCCCCCUUCCUUUCCGCGCCCUCCACGCUCUACCGCAUAAUGGACCCCACCCUCCGCGGGCGGUACUCCGCUCGCGGCGCACAAAUGGUGGCGGCGAUCGUCAAAGAGUGCCUGCUGAAAAAAGCUAAGCGCCGCCCAAAAAUGUCCGAGGUGGUUGCGGCGCUCGGCCAGUGCUAGAUCUGCAUGACAUGGCCGGAUUUUGCACU